GGGCUGCCGUAGCGUCGGCCCGGCCGAGUCGGGGGUGGGGGCUCCGAGGCUGAGGCUUCCGCGGCCGUGGGCUGUUGUCCGUGCGGCCUGCUCCUGGCCAUGUCAGCGUGAAGACGCCGCCGCUGCUGCCCCCGUCCUACUCGGUCCUGGCCGGCCCGGCCCGCUGUGACCAUGGGCUCCAUCCUGAGCCGACGCAUUGCGGGCGUGGAGGACAUCGACAUUCAGGCGAACUCGGCCUAUCGCUACCCCCCGAAGUGCGGAAACUACUUUGCUACACACUUUUUCAUGGGAGGUGAGAAGUUUGACACCCCCCACCCUGAAGGUUACCUCUUUGGAGAAAACAUGGAUCUGAACUUCCUGGGCAAUCGCCCGGUCCAGUUUCCUUAUGUCACCCCCGCUCCCCAUGAGCCCGUGAAGACGCUGAGGAGCCUAGUGAACAUCCGAAAAGACUCGCUCCGGCUCGUAAGGUAUAAAGAUGGUGCCAACAGCCCCACCGAGGACAGCGAGAAGCCCCAUGUCCUCUACAGCCUGGAGUUCACCUUCGAUGCCGAUGCCCGGGUGGCCAUCACCAUCUACUGCCAGGCGGUGGAGGAGUUUCUCAACGGGAUGGCUGUGUACAGCCCCAAAAGCCCUGCCCUGCAAUCUGAGACUGUCCACUAUAAGAGGGGUGUGAGCCAGCAGUUCUCUCUGCCCUCCUUCAAGAUCGACUUCUCAGAGUGGAAGGACGAUGAGCUGAACUUUGACCUGGACCGGGGAGUGUUUCCAGUGGUCAUCCAGGCCGUGGUGGACGAAGGAGACGUUGUGGAGGUGACUGGCCACGCCCACGUGCUGUUGGCUGCCUUUGAAAAGCAUGUGGAUGGCAGUUUCUCCGUGAAGCCGUUGAAGCAGAAGCAAAUUGUAGACCGGGUCAGCUACCUGCUGCAGGAGAUCUAUGGCAUUGAGAACAAGAACAACCAGGAGACGAAGGUAUGUGCUGUGCCUUCAGACGAGGAGAACAGUGACAACAGCAAUGAGUGCGUGGUGUGCCUGUCAGACCUGCGGGACACGCUGAUCCUGCCCUGCCGCCACCUGUGCCUGUGCAACUCCUGUGCCGACACGCUGCGCUACCAGGCCAGCAACUGCCCCAUCUGCCGGCUGCCUUUCCGGGCCCUUUUGCAGAUCCGGGCGGUGAGGAAGAAGCCAGGAGCCCUGUCCCCCGUCUCCUUCAGCCCCGUUCUGGCCCAGAGCGUGGACCACGAUGAGCACUCUUGUCCCUUUAAAAAAUCAAAGUCGCACCCUGCCUCACUGGCCAGCAAGAAACCUAAAAGGGAAACUAACUCGGACAGCAUCCCGCCGGGCUAUGAGCCCAUCUCUCUGCUUGAGGCGCUCAACGGCCUCCGGGCCAUCUCCCCGGCCCUCCCCUCGGCUCCCCUGUACGAAGAGAUCACCUACUCGGGCGUCUCGGAUGGUCUGUCCCAGGCCAGCUGCCCACUUGCUGGGCUUGAUCGCAUCAUGGAAAGCAGCCACCAGAAGGGCAAGUCUCGGAGCAAAUCCCCCGACAGCACCCUGCGGUCCCCAUCGUCCCCCAUCCACGAAGAGGACGAGGAGAAGCUCUCCCAGGACUCGGACGCCCCUCCCCUGCCGAGUGGGGCUGGGCUGGUGCUGAGCAGCUCCCCAGAGAGUUUCCUCACGGAGGAGGUUGACGAGAGGUCAUCGCUAAAGCAAGGGAGCCGUGUACCUUCCAUUGAGAACGUCCUCCAGGAUGGCAGCCCUGAGCCCUGUGGCUGCUGCCAGCCUGGCCCACCUACCGACAUCUACCUUCCAGCCCAGGCACCCGACUCCUGUUCUGUUGGCAUCGAGGAGUAAGCUGGUACGUGACCGCCGCCAUGCUCGUGGAAGGUCCAUCUCCAUGAAGACGCCGGAGCCUCCUCGCCACUGGCCCCACCUAGCCUCUGUUUGGUGGCCCCAGUCCUGACGUGGAGGCCACUGCCUGACUCAACUCUGAGAGCCUGGCCAGGCUGGCAGCAUGGAGCCCUCAGCUCCCCAGACUUUGCCAAGGGGCUGUCUGGACUCCAUUGAGACCCCUGGCCUCUCCCUAUCUGCACACCCUUCAUAGCCACAGCUCCAAGGGGCCCUGCGACCCUUGAUUGAAGAGCACAGUGGACUGUCCCCCUGACAAACCUUUUUUCCUGCGGUCUCUGUAUUUGUAAAUGGUACACAAUGAAGGACAGCCCCUUUCUGUCUCGGGCACUGAGCUCUGAGUUCCCCCAAAUCUCUUGUUGACUGAAUGGCUGGAGCUGGAGGCUGGCCACCCACAUGUCCCAGAUUGGCUUUAUCCAGCCCCCCAGCCAGUGGGAGGCUGACACCCUGAGAACUCAGCAAAUCGGCAGGAGAGAAUUUAUCGGUGGGUGAAGUACUGUCUUCCCAGGGGGUAGUACUGGGGGGGCUUGUUGUUGGGGAAGGGAAGGAAGGGGGAUCCGAGUCACGGUCAAUGAAGGAAACGAUGCCUGUGCCCUUCCCCCGAGUUCAUGGCCUGGCUGGCACUGCUGCUUUGUGUCCUCUGUUGCUUCCCCUUCCGCGCAGGCCCUACGUGCAGGGCUGUGUAGCUCGCAGCCCUUCCCUGCGGCCCUGCGCAGCCUGCGUUUCUGCACUCGAGGCCCAGGUCUGGUUUUGGGCCCGACUCUUCCCUGGGGCAGAGGUGCAGUGCACAGCCUAUUGGCAGCAGUUGGGCUAGUGCCGUGGUCGGCAAACUGCGGCUCACGACCCACAUGCGGCUCUUUGGCCCCUUGAGUGUGGCUCUUCCUAAGCCUUAGGAGUACCCUAAUUAAGUUAAUAACAAUGUACCUACCUAUAUAGUUUAAGUUUAAAAAAUUUGGCUCUCAAAAGAAAUUUCAAUCGUACUGUUGAUAUUUGGCUCUGUUGACUAAUGAGUUUGCCGACCACUGGUCCAGUGGCCCCUCUCCAGGCCCUGCACCUUCUCAGAGGUGGCUUUGCACACGUCCUCAGACCCCCUCCAGGUGGAGGGGCCUCCGCUCAGCUUGUCCGCCCGCUCAGGGAGGGAUCUGAGCAACUUUUCUGCUCCCUCUGUGUCAUUUAAAUGUCACUCGGUGUUUCUCUUUGAUUUGUUCUGUCUGGGGCUCCUGUGGUGGGACCUGCCUCCUGGUGAAGGGUCCCAUUUGAAGUGGCCUCUCAUUUUCUUAAGAUAAACCACCUGGGCAAUAGAAAAGCAGAGGAGGCACAGGCUGCCCAAGCAGGGACCUUGGCCUGGUGGGUGGGUGGGUCUGUGCAGCUCCCCAAGGGGCCAACACUUUUGGGGCUUGGGUUAGGGGGUGCAGAGGAGCUCGCUUUCUGAGGAUGAUGGUUCUGGGAGCAUCCACACAGCUGGGGGCUUUGUCCAGUAGGGUCCUUGUUCUCUCUCCAAUGGGCUGUGAGCAGAGCGCUGCCUUAUGCACAGCUCUCGGCCACACUCAGGCCACCUUCCUCAGCCGCUUGGCUCCCUGUCUCUCCCCCCCCCCCCAACUCCCGCCCACUGGUGUGCUCAUAGGUGCACAUGUGCACACAUACAGGCUGUCUCUCUCCUCGCCCUCAUCACCCACCAACACCCUGGCCUCUUGCCGUUGGCAUUGGUGCCAGUACUCCAAAUGACAGGAUGCAGUACCCUGUCUUGGACUUAAACAUGCUAUCAUUUGAUGUAUUCUGAUUGGCUAGUUUUUGUUCCUUUUUACUGUAUAUUUAUAGUAAUAAAAUCAUCCAGCAAUA